CAGGAAGUGUAUCGUGGAGUUUUUCGUCUGCAGAUUUUCGCGGUCCUGCCGUGGUGGAGAAAAUGCUGUUCCUUGGUUUCAUUCUUACAUUAUGGCCAAUCCUUUUUGUUCUGUUGUAUAUAGUUCUAAAUCACAUUGCCAAACCAAGACACUCCGUCUGUAUAAUUGUUCUUGGUGAUUUGGGCAGGAGUCCUCGAAUGCUAUACCAUGCAAAAUCUUUUGCAAAAGAGGGUUAUGAAGUUGAUCUCGUUGGCUACUCGGGCUCCAAGCUGCAUGAGGACAUACAGAUAAACAGAAGGAUAAGCCGGCAUUAUCUUUGGGAACCACCAAUAUUCGUAAAAUAUGUUCCGCGACUUUUAGCGUAUGUGUUAAAAGUUUUCUGGCAGAGUACAUCACUAGGUUUACAAUUGUUGUUUCUUCCGAAGGCCAAUUAUUUACUUAUACAGAAUCCUCCGUCCAUACCUACCUUGUUUGUUGCACUGAUCGUGUGUUUACUGAGGGGCAGUUUCCUUCUUAUUGAUUGGCAUAACUAUGGUUUUACGAUACUGGCUCUUACACUUGGUGGUGAUCAUCCCCUGGUCAAAUUUUCUAAAUGGUAUGAGAAAUUUUUUGGCAGAUUUUCCAAGGCAAACCUCUGUGUUACAAAAGCAAUGCGUGAUGAUUUAAAAACUUGGGGAAUAAGUGCCGAGACUCUAUAUGAUAGACCAGCGGAUCUGUUCCAAGAAGCAACAGUGGAAGAGAGACAUGAUCUGUUCAGUAAACUUUCCCUGGCAUAUCCUAUAUUUGGCAGCAGAAAUGAGUUGGAACAGGAUUCCACUGUGUUUACAUACCGGUCAGCCUCCGGAAAGAUACAGUACCGAAAUGACCGUCCCGCUCUUUUAGUCAGCAGUACCAGCUGGACUGAAGAUGAAGACUUUGGAAUUUUAUUGAAAACUUUGCAAAAAUAUGAAGUUGUAGCUUCAAAAAAUUUGCAGAAAGGCAUACCAGAUAUUUUAUGUGUCAUCACAGGUAAGGGACCACUGAAAGAGUUUUACAGCCAGGAGAUUGACAGCAUCGAGUGGAAACACAUACAUUUUUGUUUACCUUGGCUUGAGGCGGAGGACUAUCCUGUUCUACUAGGAUCAGCUGACCUUGGUGUGUGCCUUCAUAUGUCUUCCAGUGGCCUUGACCUUCCUAUGAAAGUUGUUGACAUGUUUGGUUGUGGUCUUCCAGUCUGUGCUGUCCAUUAUCCGUGUUUGUCGGAGCUGGUAAAACAUGGUCACAGUGGCCUAAUUUUCAAAAGCAGUCAGGAACUGUGUAACCAAUUACAGGAACUCCUUGAAUCUUUCCCCGAUGACCAAAAAACAUUGAAGAAAAUGCGAUGCAACUUGAAAUCCUUCCAAGCUAUUCGAUGGCACGACAACUGGAAAAGAACUGUUCUUCCUUUGUUAAAGCAACACAGGAAAGACAAGAAGAAAAGAUAACUCAACCAUAUUAUGCAAGCACAGUUUUUAUAUAGAUCUGUAUUUUGAAAUAAAAAUUGGCUCUUCACUGUUGAUCAGGUGAUAUUUGUUUGAACAGUUUUUAAUUUAUAAAAAAAAAAACCGUUUGAUAUUUAUAGACAUCGUAUAUGUAUAUUCAUUUUAGAUCUCCAAUAAAAGCUUUACUGCAAA